GUCAUUAUACACGUGCACAAGCCAAUAGUCCACGACCGGUGAUGAAUUCCCAGACCACAUCAGGAAAGCAGAAUCAGCAUCAGCAAAGGAUCAUUCGUUCAAACAAAAGGAAAGAAUCUGAUAGCAGUAUACCAGAUGAAGAUAAGAUAAAGGAGGACAAAUGUGAAAAUCCUUUAAAAGAAGAAUCUUCAAAGAACAAAAUAAAGCAGUCUGUUAAUAAAAGGAGAAAGCAAGAAGAAGUUGAAAAGCUAGUAACCUUAGAAAGACUGAAAGCAGUUUCUAACUCGGAUACUGAAAGCAGUGAGUCUGAAAACUCAAGUAACAAAGUCAUCUUGGAUUCUUCCUCUGAGAAAAGUUCAGAAGGAGAAUUAAAAAAUAAAAUCACUUUUGAUAACACUAAAGAUGAAGCCAAGUCCCAGGAUGACACAGGAAUUGGGGAACAGAUGGAAAUUGAUAGCUCAUCUCCCUGUGAUGAAAAGCAGGAGGUAAAGAAUGACAAUGGAAUACAGAAGCCAGAACAUUUUGACGCGCACAUUGACCCCCAUAGAGCAGAGUUUGGUCAACAACAGAGUAUAAAAUCACAAGAAAUAAGUCAAGGGUGCAUUGUAAAAGUAAAAACCACCAGUGAAUCUUUGUCUUUGGAAUCUUUACCAGAUACCACGCAAAAGCCAUCUGUACAGAACUCUGUAUCUGACAUCAGUAAUAGAACUUUACCAGACAAUUUGCUUAAUAAAACUGCCAACAUCCAUUCUCAUGGCCUUACAUCUCGGAACCUGGAAAUGAACUUCAGUACUCCAGUGCAUUUGAUUGUGAACAAGCAUGCUUCAGACAUUCAGAAAUCAGAGGCAGAGCUGCAUCUGAAUAACAACAUUAUCAAUGAAGACAAAUCUCAAGCCAUUGAAUUUUUGACUGUUAUGGAAGCCAAUAACAGAUCAGAAAAGGAAAAAUCUGCUAGUUCCUCAGGACAAGAACCCACUGCUCCCAACAAAAACAAUAAACCAAAUAAAACUAACACUUCACCUGAUGCUCUGAAGCCUAAAAUCACUUAUCCUUGCAGCCCAGCUGCUUGUAUCACCAAGCCAACUUCAAGAUGUAAAAAUGACUCAAGAUCCAGCCUCCAACAUCUGGGCUCAAGGACUGUUAUGGAAACUACAAAAAGCCCUUUAAUUGUUGAUAAGAAUGAGCGCUUUACAGUUUACAGGGAUCCAGCUUUGGUUGGACCUGACACAGGGGCUAAACCUUUGUCUCCGUACUUGCACCCACAUCUUCAUCCUCUUCAUACCUCAUCACAUUCAUCUUCCUUGACCACAAAUAGUUCUCAUCCAGCCCUAAGGGCAGCAUCGCAUCAUGUUUCUGGUUCACCACGGACUUCUGUGUCAAGCAGUGCUCAUAUUCUCAGUAGUGGAUCACCCCAUUCAGUUCACUCUACCCACAAUCUUCCUACAGUUUUACCAGGAGUUCCACCGGGGCCUUUGGUGUGUGGGCAUUUAGAUUCUGUGCAUGUAAGAAAUUUAAACCCCUUAACACUGGCUCACCAUCAGCAGUUUUUACAGCAACAGUCAUCUCAGCUCCUUGGCCAGACCCAUCCAGCUGCUUAUAACCAGCUUGGACUCUAUCCAAUAAUUUGGCAGUAUCCAAAUGGCACUCAUUUGUCUCCAGGGUUGAGUAUGACCUCAUCUAAGUGGGUCCAUCCUGAAAACUCUCUGAGUGCUGAAGCUUCUUUGAGGAGGAAUGCAUCCAGUCCUUGGCUACCUCAGCACACCAGUGUGUCCUCAGCUGACAGUCUGGGGUUACUAAGCCACAACCCGGUACGCCCUGCCAGUGCUGAACCUCAUCGACCCUUGAAAUUGGCCUCACAUUCUAGUCCACCUCCAUCAAAAACCACUGUAGCUCAUACGAAAGAAGAAAUCGACAAGAAGGCUGUAGUUAAUUCCAAACAUUCUGUUACUGCUGCUCAAAUGAAGCUUGAAUUUAACCAUGAUAGACUUGCACAUGGGCGAGAAAGUCAGCUGGCUAGAGGGUUUACAAGCACUGCCUUCUGUCAGAGUAAGGAGAAAAGAUCAACGCAGGAACCAAGCGACAGUCAGAAUAAAUACAAUGAAGAGAGACGGCGGAUUCUGCAGGAGAGUAUUGAAGUUGCUCGUUUUGCUUCUACAAUCAAGACAAAUGAAGUUGCAAAAGAUUCCUAUUCCAGAAUACCAUCUUUGCCUACUGAUGGUCCAAAACCCCAGAGCAUAAAACAAGAUGGAGAAACAGAGCAUUGUGCAAGAGAACUUUAUACAUCAAAAAAUUCACUAGCACAUUCUAUGCCUCAGAGCAACUAUUUUACUACUUUGUCAAAUAGUGUUGUAAAUGAGCCUCCAAGGCUAUAUCUGUCUAAAGACAUAAUACAUCCUUAUGCUGAGAAAACAAAUUCUUCAACACCUAUUCUUUCAUCUAACAAGACUCUGUCCAAACCACCUCCACUUAUUAAACAUCAGCCAGAGAGUGAGGGUUUAGUUGGCAAAGCAACAGAACAGCUUACCCAACAAGUGACUUCUCAGCCUCAGACUGCAAAUAAUAAUAAUCAUGGGAGAACCAGAGAACAAUUAACAAUUUCACAGUCAAACCCUCUGAAAAGUAUGCCAUCUUUACAUAGGGCUCCUGUUUACCAUCCUCCAUCUCAUCAUGUUAUAGAACGCAAAGAAGGUAAUUAUCGCAAUCUUUCCCCACCAACCCUGACUCCAGUACAACCUGUGAAUGCUGCUAAGAUUUCUGAACUCCAGAAACCUCCAACUUUACUCCCAGAGCCAAGGGUUGAUGGGAAAAUUUGCAUUCAUAAUCCUGUGGUUUCCUCACUUGAUGUCUGGAAAAGUGGUGUUGGAAACCUUGGUAAGCCAGUUUGCCACUUAGAGAAAAGCAACAACAAAGUUGCUCCAGCAUCUGUUAUUGUAAGAUCAUCUUCCAUUCCCAAGCAAGAAAAUAAAGGAGAUAGUCAAACCAACUCACAGAACUCUCUAAGAGGAAGUGUGUUAAUGCCAUCAAAUCCAAUAGAGCACCUUAAUUCAUCAAAAGUCAAAGAUGUGUGGAGAAUCAAUAUACCUGGUGUGAACUUGGAGUCUACAAGUGCAGAGUAUGAGAAAAACUUCAAAGUUUUACUUUCAGACAAUGGCACAAAAUCUGUCGUUGCUAGCAACUCGUUGUGCAAUAGCAUGACCAACCCCGCAGCUCCUGCCACAACAGUUGAAAUUUUGAGUAGCAGUGAAACAAAAAUAACCUAUUGUUCCUCUUACAAGACAAUCACUAACAGUGUAGAAGGGCAAGUUAUUCCCAAAACUUCAACUCAUUUUGGAACACAGACACAGGAAUGUAAAGUUAAUACCACAUCUGCUGCAGUUUUCUCAACAGCUGCUGCCAGAACAGGAAACACUACACAGAAUAACACAGGAGCCUCAAGUACAACUGAUUAUUACCAGCUGAAAAAGCAUAAGGCAGCACUGGCUAUGGCCCAUUCUGCAAGUACUACUGCUAAUAACAAUGAGUCUGCAAGCCUUAAAUGUGUAAAAAGUGCAUCAUCUCUCUCUCCUAAUAAUACUGGAAAAAUAGAUGUAUCUUAUAAAACAAGUUUUGUAACCAAUGGCCAGAUUGCUCAAUCUAGCCAACCAGGUUAUCAUACAAAACUUAAAAAAGCCUGGUUGACUAGACACUCUGAAGAAGACAAAAGUACAAAUAAAGUGGAAAAUACAGAAAACGCAGGAAAAGAUGCCAAAAAGCUAGUUAUAGUUAAUUCAUCAGCUUCCAUAUCAAAUGAUGUUGACAAAACAGGUCAAUCUGAGGAAGAAAAAAACGAGCAGGAAGGACGAAAAACAAGAAGAGGAACAAAAAGAAUGUAUGAAUCUGGAUCUGAAAGUGAUGCUUCAGAUGAAAGUGAAAAUAAAUCUGAGCUUAGGGUCAAACGUCAACCUAAACCAACUUAUAAAAAGAGGCAAAAUGACUUGCAAAAGCGAAAGGCUGAUACUGAGAGAGAAGAGGAAGAAGUAAAACCUAAUGGUACUUUAUACAGAAAUACAAAGGAAAAGGAGAAGAAUAAAAUUAAACUUCAGAGUGAUGGUUUACCACGGUCAGUGUUGAAGGACUGGCGGAAAGUUAAGAAACUUAAACAAACUGGAGAACCUUUUCUGCAAGAUGGCUCAUGCUCUGAGAUAGCACCAAAUCUUCAAAAGUGUAGAGAAUGUCGUAUGGUACGUUACAGGAAGAAUGAGGAGUUCAGUCAGUCAGCAGUAUUCUGCAGAUUCUACUAUUUCCGCCGACUGGCAUUCAGUAAGAAUGCCGUACUAAGGAUAGAUGGAUUUUCAACUCCAGAUCAAUGUGAUGAUGAAGCAAUAAAUCUGUGGUUACCUAGUGAUUCCAUGGAUUUGGACUUAGAAUCUUCUAAAUACAUUUUGAGAAAUAUUGGAGAUACGUUUUGUCAAAUAGAGACAUCCGAGAGGACUGCUAUGAGUUGGCUUAAACUUGAUGCCAAAAUAGCCUGGAAGAGAGCAGUAAAAGGAGUUCAGGAAAUGUGUGAUGCAUGUGAAGCCACAUUGUUUAACAUCCAUUGGGUUUGCCAGAAAUGUGGAUUUGUGGUCUGUUUGGACUGCUAUGAAGCAAGAGGAAGAAGAGGUUCUAAAGCCAAUAAGGAACUUUAUGUCUGGUUAAAGUGUGUCAAAGGCCAAGUUCAUGAUACAAAGAACCUGAUGCCCACACAGAUUAUCCCGAGUACUGGUAAGAUUCUGCAGCGGUGUAUUUUGGGAUUAUUUUGCUCAAAGUUGAUCAGAGUUGAGACGUUCAGCUUCCAGCUUAGUGACUUGGACCGAAGGUCCUCAAGCCGCAGUCACUUACUACAAACGUGUUUGCCUUGGAUCUCGCUUAUGUCCGUAAAUACCUACAUCCUGCAGCUGCUAUGUAUCACCAUCAAAACCAAAGAAUUACCUGUGUCCAAGGCAGUGAAGAUUAAACUAAGCCAGAUUGAUAAAACAGAAGAUUGCAAAACUACAACAGUGUGUCUCAGUAAUGAACAUGGCUCGACUCUCCGAGAUUUGCUUACCUCAACAGCUGGAAAAUUGCAGUUAGGCUCUACUGAUGCUGGCAUUGCCUUUGCCCCAGUCUUUUCUGCAGGAACCCCUUCUGGCAGAGGAGCUAGAAGCAUGCCAAACCUCUUGGAUGACAUAAUUGCAUCGGUAGUGGAAAAUAAGAUUCCAGCAAGUAAAUCAGUGAAAUUAAGUGGGAAAGAAGAAACAAAGCAGGAAGCUAAAAACUUCAACACAGAAACAAUCAGCAAAAGUCAUCCUGAAAUACCACAUUCUUGGCUUUGUGAUGGGGUUUUACUCUGGCUCCAAGACCCUAGAAAUCCUAGCAAUUGGAAGAUAUUCAGGGAAUGCUGGAGACGCGACCAGCCUGUUCUUGUAUCUGGUGUACACAAAAACCUAAAUUCCAAUAUUUGGAAACCUGAAAGCUUUUGUGAAGAAUUUGGAGAUCAGAAGGUUGACCUGGUUAACUGCAAAGAUGGCAGUAUAAUCUCUAGCACAAGAAUUCAAGACUUCUGGGAUGGUUUUGAAGACUUAACCAAACGAAUCAAAUCUAAGAAUGGGGAGUCUAUGUUACUGAAGAUGAAGGAUUGGCCCUCUGGUGACGAUUUCAGAACUAUGAUGCCUUCCAGGUUUGAUGACGUUAUGAAAAACUUGCCACUUCCAGAGUAUUGUGAUCCAGAAGGAAAUCUAAACUUGGCAUCCCGGAUACCAGAUUUCUUUGUACGACCAGAUUUGGGGCCAAAACUAUAUGGUGCUUAUGGACAAUCAACCAUUAAGGAAUAUGGAACGACCAAUCUUCACCUAGACAUUGCUGAUGUAGUCAACGUGCUUGUUUAUGUUGGUGUGCCAAAAGGAAAUGGAAACAAUCACAAAUCAGCUAUCUCGAAAAAAAUUGAGGAAGAUGAAAUUGAUGAAACCACAAAGAAAAGAUUGAAGGAUGGUAAUGAGACUCCAGGUGCUUUGUGGCAUGUCUUUUCAGCCAAAGAUACACACAAAAUAAAGGAGUUUCUACAAAAGACUCAUGAGGAGCAGGGUCAGGAAUCACCUGACCAUGAUCUGAUCUGUGAUCAGACCUGUUACUUGAACAAGAAACUGCGCCGAAGACUCUAUGAAGAAUGUGGAAUUCGUAGCUGGUCCAUCUUCCAGUUCUUGGGUGAUGCAGUCCUAAUACCAGCAGGAGCACUGCGUCAGAUGCAAAGUAUUUACAGUUGUAUUCAGGUCUCUGAAGACUUUGUAUCACCAGAACACACGAUGCAGUCUUUCCAUCUUUCACAGGAGCUGAGACACCAGUCAAGACAUGAGCUAAACUAUGAGGAUAAACUGCAGGUAAAAAACAUAAUAUACCAUUCAGUUAAAGAUGCUGUGGGAUCUCUGAGAAUGCAUGAAGAAAAGGUGUCAAAUACAUCACAGAAUGCUUAAUGUUUUUGUCGUUUUGUGACCUUACAUGAUCCUUUGUUUUGAAAAGAUACAUCAGCAGUGCCAAGGAAAUUUGUUUUUGUGGUUACAGCCGUGUUGUGGUUACUGUAACAAAUCGGCCAGUGCAUCAAAAUUAAUGUUAUUAUAAAAAAGAUCAAAAUGCAGGCUCUGAUAAUAUACAGGAAGUUAGCACUGUGCUGUUCCAUGUAUUAUAUUGUACAUUUAAAAAAAAUGAAAUGUAUUUAUUUUUGGACAAAGUGUUACAGAAUUUUAUGCCAUACUAUUAAAUCUAAUGUAAACAUGAUUUGUACAGUUUUAGUUUGCGAAAAUGGAUAUUUUUCACUACAUUGAGACAGUUACUGUGAGAAGGCAGAUGCGACUAUCAGCUAUGCCUAAUUUUUUUUUAAAUUGCUGAAUCGCACAGCUAUCCAUGUCAUAUCAAAGUACUGCCAAAUAAGAUACAUUCUGAAGUUCCUUACAAUAAAUUGACUGGAUACAUAUACUACACACAUCAGCUUUUUUUAAGUAUUCAUUGUAAAAUUAAAGCAAUUACAGAGCUGUAAUUUAUUCACAAAGUUGUCUUGUUAAAUUUAUGGUGAACUUUUGCCAGCAAAAUGACUUAUUACCAAGAAAGUUGAUAUUCUCUGUAAAUACAUAUAAAUAUAUACAUUCAAUUAUGUAUUUUUUUAAAAUAUAGCUUGCUUCAGUUUGUUCAAGUACAAGUGUUACAUGCUUUGUACGUUUAAAUUCAAAGGGGUUUUACAUUUUCCAAUAAAAUUGUUUUAUCAUAUA